AUGGUUUUGUCCACAUGGCCUGUAGGGCUGUGUGGGUGAGGGGAGAUGUGUGCAAAGGGAGAAGCAGCUGUUGUUGUGUGGCUGUACGUGUCAGGGACCGUACUGAGGAGGGCUGCACAGAUGAGGAAUGGUGGGAGCCUCCCCCUCCCCCUGCUCCUGAUCGGGAUCCUGAAUCUUCCCAGGAGCAGUGGGACAGUGUAGAUUUGGAACAGUGGUUCGCAGAGGGACAUAGUUCAGAAGGCAAAAGUUGGGAAGAACUGGGUGGUGAACAGCUAGGAGAAGAAGAAUCAGGAGAGAGAGAAUUAAUAGACUCCAGUUUGCUGGUAAACAUCCAGCGGAUCAGUCCAAGGUCACUGAGAUUAUAUAAGGUAUCUGCACAGAAGGCACAGUGGUUGCCAGAUCAGGUUGCAAGGCGAGGAAGUGAUGAGGGUGACUCGGGGGGGGUGUAAACCUUAAUUGGGAGCACCUUUACUCCGAGAAUGGACUCUUUGUUCUUUCUCAGUGAUCAUUAAAAUCUCUUUAAAUGGUAAGAGACUAGUUUUGCUUUCUUCUGCUUAUCCACAGCCAAAGGGAGGGAGGGAGCCGCUUUCCCAAAACCUGACGGUAUGCUAGCACAAUGUGGAGAGGCAAACUUUUAAUAUUCAAAAUAAAAUAAAAUGUGUCAAGCAUGUUUCAGCACCUCAAAGCACAGACUACAUGCCAUCUAGCUGGAUUUAUAAAUUAUUGAAACAAAAUACAUCACCUGAUAAAUGCCAAACACCACAUUUUUCCAUGUAUAAGACGCCCCCAUGUAUAAGUUCCUAUUUUAAGGGACUCCAAUUUAAGACAAUAUGGAGAUUGCCCCAUGUAUAAGACGACCCACAGUUUUUCACAUAAUUUGUAAGUAAAAAAGCCUAGUCUUAUACAUGGAAAAGUAUGGUACAUACAAAUAUAUACUAUUAGUGAAAACUAUGGGAUCCACUUUGAUGGGUAAACUGACUAAAUACACAGUCUUUAUGCAGUCCGAAAACAAAAGACUUCUAUAAGGACUAGCAACACAAAGCAAUUUAUGGCAAUCCACCAGAAGUUCAGAGCUCUCCAGGACAGAUUUCUAGGCAGCAGCAUCACUGAGUUUUUGCUGCAGUAGAAGGCUUUCCUUGUGCUUCUGCUCCUCUCUUCUGUAUAGGUGACAAGUGUUGGUAACGGAAUUACAUAAAUGAUGGAAUCAAAUAGUGCUUUCCUACUUCAGAUUAAGGGACGCAGGUGGCGCUGUGGGUUAAACCACAGACCCUAGGAUUUGCUGAUCAGAAGGUCGGUGGCUCGAAUCCCCGCGACGGGGUGAGCUCCCAUUGCUCGGUCCCUGCUCCUGCCAACCUAGCACUUCAAAAGCACGUCAAAGUGCAAUUAGAUAAAUAGGUACCGCUCCGGCGGGAAGGUAAACAGUGUUUCUGUGCGCUGCUCUGGUUCACCAGAAGCGGCUUAGUCAUGCUGGCCACAUGACCCGGAAGCUGUACGCCGGCUCCCUCGGCCAAUAAAGCGAGAUGAGCACUGCAACCCCAGAGUCUGUCACGACUGGACCUAAUGGUCAGGGGUCCCUUUACCUUUACUUCAGAUUACUCAGCAUGUGCCCCACUAAGCCAAGUGCAGCCUGGCUGCCAUGUUCAGUGGCCUACAAGAUACUUGAUAGCCUUCCAGGUUUGGCAGUUCCAAAGGCAGGAAAAAUGGAGUACAGUAUAUAUUAGCUCCUGGCAAUCAGUGGCUGGUGGGCUCAAUGUAACUCAGCAGGUCACAAGUUGUGUUGCCUUGCAAGCUUUGAAGUGGCCUGUGGUUCUGUGGCAGUGUGGAACUGGAAGUGGCUAAAUGGCUGCUAUCUCUAAUUGGUUUCUAAUUGGUCAUUCAUUUGUAAAAAAUAAAAAAAAAGUAUUAGCUUAAGACCCAGGAAUUGACCCACUGAAUUCUAGAAUGGGGCAGUUAUAUAGAGAUGAUCAUAUAACUGUCACCCACAGGCAGCCCAACUGUUUUGUUUUUUUAAUUAAAAACUAAUCCAACUCUCUGUCCUCUCAUUCUGGAUUUUAGGUUGUACCAGGUGAAUUUUGAUGUUCCCACCUGCGAAGGCAAACGACGAGAAAAACUCUCGCUAAUAGGCGACUUCUCUUCUUCCGCGGAAUUCUUCGUCACUAUUGCAGUCUUUGCCUUCCUCUACUCCUUGGCCGCAACGGUGGUUUACAUUUUCUUCCAGAACAAAUACCGUGAAAACAACAGGGGCCCUUUGAUUGUAAGUGUUCGUUACACGGACAGCUUUGUUCCUAUUUAUUGAUUCAUUUGUUUAGCCUCUCGCUUUGAAUACCCUCUGUUGGGUCAGUCUGAGUUCUGGUGUAGUAUUGUUUUUCUUUGACACCAGGGUUGAAUGAAAUAUUCAGUCGUCUGACAUCAUUGCUGAACACAGCAAUGAAGAUUGCAGAGGAGAUGAAUGGAUGGAUGGAUGGGACUCUAUCAGGCAGGACCACAAUGUAUGCUCUUCAGCAUAUAAUCCCUGCUGCAUAUAAUAUUAUGUCCUUAUUUUAUUUUCAUUUACGGCUUUGCACAAACUUCACCCUUUUCAUUUUCAAACCUUUCCCUCUAAUUUUUUUAUCAGAACUAAUUUUCCAUCCAGAUCCUUCUGGAUCCUAUACAGUGGUACCUCAGGUUAAGUACUUAAUUCAUUCUGGAGGUCUGUUCUUAACCUGAAACUGUUCUUAACCUGAAGCACCACUUUAGCUAAUGGGGCCUCCUGCUGCUGCCGCGCCGCUGGAGCCCGAUUUCUGUUCUCAUCCUGAAGCAAAGUUCUUAACCUGAAGCACUAUUUCUGGGUUAGCGGAGUGUGUAAGCUGAAGCGUAUGUAACCUGAAGCAUACGUAACCCGAGGUACCACUGUAUCAACCUUCCUAAUCUGAAGCACCACUUUAGCUAAUGGGGCCUACCACUGGCUCGCGAUUUCUGUUCUCAUCCUGAAGCAAAGUUCUUAACCCGAGGUACUAUUUCUGGGUUAGCGGUGUCUGUAACCUGAAGCGUAUGUAACCCAAGGUACCACUGUAUUGCUUUGUCCAAUUCUGCCUCUGGUGCAACCCACUACUGGCAUGUGGUUCCCUAACUCUGUCUAGAAUGAUGCAACAUACAGUUUGGUAUUGUCUAUCUGGAUCCCUUUUAAGGAUUACUACUACUACUACUACUACUAUUGUUCUUCUUGUUGUUAUUUGCAGAUUACACCAAUCUUUAUAUUCCCAUUUUACUGCCAUGUCCCAUCUAUUGUUUCUGUAAUUGCCAAUUAUUUCACAUUUCCCCCCCUUUUUUACUCAGUAAAUCAUUAUCUGCAUCUCACAUUGUACUUUUCAUUUUAUAUAGCACUAACUUAUAUUUCAGUUAUAUAUUCUUUUUAUCUUUUCUGUCUGUUAAUGUGGCGUCUGUACAGUUCCAUUGCCUGUUUGCUGGGACUGGAACAAAUCUUCCAGAUGCACUCUACUUUGGUCUGACUCUGGUUCCUCCUGGAUCCCACCCCUCGCUUGCCAGAAGGCUAAAAUUAGAACCUCUUUUCUCCAUCCACCCCACGAAUGACUGAAGAAGGAGCUGGCAGGAUGUCUGGCAGCACCGCCUUAGUUAAUUCCAAUGCGAAAAGCUGCAGAGCUGCUGGAAUAUUAAUUAGAAAAGCUGUACCCAAUAUAAAACAAACAGUCCUGAAAUGUGCUUUGAGACUGCUUUAAUAUAGAAUACAGUAUCAACGCAGAGGCUUUACAACAUUAAAAUUUCCCCGAAGUAACAAAACUCUUUUGCAACAUUUCAUUAAUUAAAAAAAAAAAGUGAAGCUUUGAAAGCAAUACUAAUGAUUACAUUGUAUCAAUUAUUCAUGAAAAGUUAAACGCCUUUUUCUUCCGCUGAGAAUUUAAAACAACCUUUAUUUUCAUUGUAUAUUGAUUAUUCCCUUUCCACCCAAGUGGUAGCUUUAAUAAUAAUAAUAAUAAUAAUAAUAAUAAUAUGAGCAGGAUUCGGUCUUUUUCCCCCCUAAUGAAAAAUUCCAUUUUCUUUAAAUAAUCCAGCACAAAUAUAUAUAUAUUGUUUCACAGGAUGCUGUUGGCAUGCAAUAAAUAUUUGAUGUUAAUGAGGAUUUUGUGCCUCCUUUAAACCUGCAGAUGUCUCAGUUUCCCAGAAGAACUGAGAUCCACUGAGAUCAAUGGGGCAUUUGCAGCUGAAGGCUGCAAAUAGGCGAAGGGUUGUCACACACAGAUGAUGGAGCAAAUUUGCUUUCUGAUGCGCCAGAGGGUAGGAUCCGUGCCCACAGGUUCCAGUUACAGAAAAGGGGAUUUUUCUGAUCAUUAGCUGAAACAUUAAACAUCAUACCUGAUGGCAUGAGCUGUCGGACAAGGGGACAAACUACCUUGGAAAAUGGUGGACUCUCCAUGAUUAGAGGUUUCUAAGCAGAGGCUGGAUGACCACCACCAAUGAAGAAUGCUGUUGUAGUGGAUUUCUUGCUUCAGAAGCAUACAAGCACUGCCAGUUACUAGACAGAGCUGGAGAAAAAUAGCGCCUCGUGUACACACCAUUUAAAGCAGAUAAUUUCCCCCCUCCCAUAAACCUGAGAACUGGACUUAACACCCCACAGAGCCACUGUUCCCAGCACCCUUAGCUACUGUAGUUCCCAGGAGGCUUUGGGGGAAGUCGUGCAAUCUAAAUGUGCUUUAUGUUUAUAGUGUGUUGCAUAGCCACAGCCAAAUUUGUGAAACUGAGACCUACCCUGUUUGCUUGGGAGUGUGUGGCCUUACUUCUGAGUAAACAGGGUCCUCGCUGUGAAUCUUGGUCAUCAGCACAUUCUUUUCUUUUUAAAUGAAAAUAUCCCAAGUGUUACUGAAGGGCUCCAUGGCUUGAUAGGAGCAUGUGCCUCCUUCCACAUACAUAAAUUGAAAGGUAAAAAAAAAAGUUUGCCGUUUCACUGACCAUGUGCAGAGUGCUUUCUGUCUCUUCAGCUGGGCAUUGACUUCUAAACAAACGUGCCCAGGGAGCUGUGACUGACAGACUUUCCUUAGCAAGGGACGUUAAAAAUGCCUACCUAUCUUCCAGCUGCAAACUAUGAAGAACAAGGUAACAGUGAAAUUGGGGGCGAAGGAGCCUUAUGUAAAAUCAUAGUCAUACAGUAAACAGCUGGCCACGCCACCAUCUCGUGUAUACUAAACUUUGCCUCAUAGACAAAGUUUGUGAUUAACUUGCUGUCCACUGUAGCCACAGUCCCAGAGACUGGGAAAGGCAUUUUUCAUGGUGGCAAGUCGUUGCGGUUUUCCAAAAAUCCACCUCAGAAAAAUGGCCUCUGCUUACCACCAGGGAUAGAGAAGCCUAAGGGCCACAUUUCUUUCUGUGGAACCUCUCAGGGGCCACAUGCCAGUGACAGGCAAAGUCCUAGGCAAAAGCGAGCAGAACGAUAGACAUGUGAAUUUGACUUUUGUUCCAUAGGCUGGUUUCUUCACCCUCACCUCUACCCUCUAUAUCCUCUGUUUAGGCCAGCAAGAAUCAUGAUCAGGGUUCAUGAAUAAAAUUACCUCAUUCUUUGUGGAGAGAGGGGAGUCUUAAUUUGCCCCAUUUAGAAGUCUUAAGGAGGAUUGUCUAUCAAUUAGCUCCCAUGGAAAGACAUCACUGGAAUAGGCACACAGACACACUUACAGAGAAGUUCUAAAAUUAAUCUCAGGAAGCACCUAUUUGACAUGUAGGACUGCCCAUAGCAAGCCCCAUGCUUUAAAAAGAGGAAUUGAGUAUGUAUAAACUCCAUAAGAGCAAGCUGUAUGAGCACCAUUCCCUGCGCACUUAAUUUUAACAGGGCGGUGUCGUCGAAAGCAUAUUUCAUCAUUCAGCAGGCAGCAUUCCCUUGCCUGGGUUCCGCUUGACAUGUAAAAGACAUUCCCAAGUCAUGGGCUGCACCUAAUCUAAGACGGAUGGCCCCCUAUCUGAGUUCCCUGACACUAUUAGGGCUCCAUUAUUUUCAGGGCAGAUAAUCCUGAUUAGCAGAGGUUGUGACAGAAUCUUAAUGCACUGACUCCUCUGCUCUUUUCAGUAAUGUCUUUCUAGUCCAUAAAGCCUGAACUAGCCACAAGCAGAAAAUAAACCAUUGUAAUAAACCGUACCAAGGUUGUAAUGUAAUGGUGACAUUUUCAUUGCCUGCGAUUUCUGAAAAUAAUUAGAUGGGCUAUCACACGCUGCAUAAAUCAGUGUUGUGUUUCCAUACAGUCUCAGGGGAGAGACAAAUUGGAUAAUCAGUAGCCUGUAUAAAGGGAACCUUUUCGUUGAUCUGCACUUUCUCCCCCAUCUCUGCCACAUUUUCUCGAAGGAACUCUGGAUGGUGUAGCUGCUUUGCCUCCCUUUUUAUCUCCACAAUAACCCUGAGAGGUAGGUGAGGUAUAGGAAGUGGCCCAGGAUCUGAGCUCAGUUCUUGCCAGAUGGCGAAACUACAUGUUAUGCACCACAGCAGGGUGCUGCUCAGAAUGACAUCCCUCUCUUGCAUUGUCUCAUUGGGACUGGCAGGGAAUGGGCAAGGAGACAACCAGCAGGUGGCGCCAGAGCCAAUUCCUCCUUCCUGCUGAGAGGUACAAAAGCAAGCAAAAUUGAAACUAAGCAUGAGGUAGAUGAAGGCUGGCUGAGGGCAUACAGAUGUUGGUGGGGCCCCCAGUGGCCCCAAUGCCUUAUGCUCUACCAGCCUCAAUGGACACCAGCCACCAUUUCCCCUCCCCCCCCCGGUAAAUUUACAUUUGAGCCACACAUCUAUGACCCACUUUCUUACGUUACUCUGUUGCUAACAUAGCCGUAUGCCUGCAAUCAUUCCCUUUGAUUGGAGACCUUGGUGAGAGUCCUCCAGGCUAGCAUUUAAACCCUGCCACAAAGCGCUUUAAUGUUUCAAUGCUUGUGAUUAGCUCCGAAGCUUUAAAACACUAGCUCUGAGGGAAACCGAACUCCGGUCACCGCUCAUCAAAGCCCUGUUGAGGCUUUGUCAUUUUCGGGCCUGUAAUUCUUACGUUUGCCUUCUGGUAGAAUGCACACAGAAGGAUUGAUGUUUUCCUCCACAUCCCAGAGAGCGCUGGUUUUCUGUUGUUUCUCCAAUGUAUGCUGAACGCCAAAACUCCUCCUUACAUAUGUGUUGGUAUGGCUUCUUGCCAUGAUGGCCACAGAAAGGCUGCGUGGUUGGGACUGUGUUGCCCUCCUGCCUUCCCACCGCUAUAUAUCCAUGCUGAACUGCAGGCGCUGUGGUGGAGACAAUCUGAUGCCACCAUGUUUGCACCGCACCAGCACCUCACAGAGCUGCCUUGCCCCUCUCCCUUUUGAUUACACAACAACAACACAUGAUGUUGGGAUGACUGGAGAGCACUGAUCGCCUACAUGUGAGGAGACACUGAUGCAGGAGUACUUUGAAACCAAAACAAUGCAGAAGGCUGUACCCCAUGCCCCUCUGCCCCAUUCAGGCAUCUCAUGAACCUACACUGUUCCAUUUUCUCUUUUCUUUUCGUAGGACUUCAUUGUGACGGUGGUGUUUUCGUUCCUGUGGCUCGUGGGCUCCUCUGGUUGGGCUAAAGGGCUCUCUGAUGUGAAAGUUGCUACAGACCCCGACGAAGUGCUCUUACUGAUGUCGGCUUGCAAGCAGCAGUCAAACAAGUGCAUGCCUGUGCGCAGCCCAGUUAUGUCUAGUUUGAACACUUCAGUGGUAAGAAUUUGCUUUUAUGUUAUCGAAAGGCAGGCCGGGGGGGGGGAGCAUCCAUGGAAGAAGAUGGAUGGUCCUUAGCUAUGAGAUCAGACAAGAGUUUUGGGUUUUCUAUUUCCCUGCCAAUCCACUGGAGUCCAACACGCAGCACAUCAUGACUUCACCUAAUUCACAGGCUCUUCUGUGAAGCAUAAACACAAGAGAGGGAGCAAUGAUAAUAAUCUGAGCAACCGACUAUAGUAAAUGACAAACUUCUUACCUGAAGAUUAAAAGACUGGGUGCUGUGGCACACUUAACAAUCAAGAUGCAUUCAUCAAAGUAGCCUGGAGAACAAGCAUGCAAAAUAACUUGAUAAUUAGAUUAUGCAGUAUUUGGAGUAAAAGGGAGUUCUUACUUACCUAUUCUUAUAGAUGAUUGCCACCGCUACUACUAAUGUUACUGUUACUUCCACCAAGGGAGUUGUCAUCUGCCUUGCAAAAGAGUUCCUUUUAGAAUGGUUUUAACAUCUUUGCGAUCAGAAAAGGCAACUAGGUAGUGAUUCAUCGUAUCUAAUAAUGCACACAAUAAUUAACAGGGGCCACAGGCGUGUAAUGCCUCCUGCCAAAGUACGUGAGUCUUCUUUGAAUCAGGGACCAGCAGUCCUCUUACUGGAAGAAAGCUGUAGGCAGCCUUCAGUAGAUUCCUAUUUACUCCUAUGAUCUCAGUUUAUAAAGACUAGGAGCAGCUAGAUCAAUCUUUCAUUUGCUUUAAUGGGAUGACACCCUUGGCCCUUGGUGUAGACCAAAGAGCUUGUAGAAAGAAAAGCAAACAUGAUCUUAAUUGCUGGAGUGAUCUGUCUGCAUCAAUAAUCCUCUUCAGUCUGAACGCAUAAAAUGGCAAGUGGGAAUGUGCUGACCAAGCCCCAUCCCAUUGAGGCCAGGGUAUGUGCAGGCAAACACUUCUUUACCAAAGUAUGGUCGAUGUUAGUCUAAAGGGGGCUACCUUACUCACCUGUUGGGAAAUACUCAUCCCCCUUCAGAAUCACAUGGGCCAGGGAAUGCACCCAGGACAAACAGUAUCAUUGAAGGUGCUUGACCUGCACAUUGUUGCUUGAUUCUUCAUGCAUGGAGAUCCGAAGGGGGUUUAGAUCAAUCUAGAGCUGGGGGGAGGAACAUGCCCCCCCCCCCAGGUGGCACUGGACUGCAGCUCCUAUCACCCUUGACCAUCGGCCAGGUUGACGGGAGUUGGAGCCCAACACUGUCAGGAGGGCCACAGAUUGAUGGCAAAACCAUAUGUGAAAAUUCAUGUAAUUUUAAAAAAAAAAUCAUUAUUUAUACAUUUCACUAAUUUACAAUCAUUUUAACAUUUCAAAACUUGACUUCCUUCCCCUUCUUUCUGCUGUUCCUUAAAUUUAUUUCUGAUCUCUUCUGCAUAACCAAAUUAACUUAAUUUGCUCAUUUCUCCAUGUACUUCAAAUAUGUACUCUUAUAAAACUGCAGGUUAUUACAAUAAUCCUGCCAAUGUUCUUGUCUGUUUAUAAUUUAUCUGUAAAUAUUCAAUAAACCAUUUCCAUUCUUUUAUUAAAAGUUUUUUAUCUUGAUUUCUUAUUCUUCUGGUACGUUUAGCCAUUUCUGCAUAGUCCAUAAGUUUUUGUAUCCAUUCUUCCUUUGCUGGGACUUCUGCUUCUUUCCAUUUUGGGGCAAGUAACAUUCUUGCUGCCGUAGUAGCAUACGUGAAUAAGUUUCUAUAUGGAUUAGGUAGUUCUGUCCCUAUAAUUCCCAAAAGAAAAGCUUCUAGGUUUUUUUCAAACGUUAUUUCAAACAUCCUUUUCAAUUUAUUAUAUAUCAUUUCCUAGUAAGCUUUAACAUUACUACACGACGGCCACACAUGAUAAAAAUAACCUUCUUUCUCUUUACAUUUCCAACACUUAUUUGAUUUAGAUUUAUACAUUUUUGCCAAUUUACUCGGUGUUAGAUACCAUCGAUAUAUCAUUUUCAUGUAAUUUUCUCUUAGACCGUAACAUGCUUUAUAUUUUAUAUCCAUAUUCCACAAUUGUUCCCAUGCUUCCUAUGACCAAUAUCUAUUGCCCAAUGUAUCAUUGAGGAUUUUACUUGCUCAUCCUUUGUCUCCCAUUCCAAUAAUAUUUUUAGACAGCACUUUUACAUUACAUUCCAACAGGUCUCUCUCCAGUUGUGAUAUUUGUUCCUCAAACCCUCGUAUCCUAUCUUUCUUAAAUACUUCAUUCAAAUGAUGAUAUUGUAUCCAUGUUGUUAAUUUCCCUGAUAAUUCCUUAAAUUCUUUUAAUUUAUACUCUCUUCCCUUUUGUUUUAAUAAAUUUCUAUAAGUUGUCAACCCUUCUAUCAUAUUCUUUUUCUUUACUGCUAUAGCUUCCAAUGGUGAGAGCCAAAGUGGUGUUUUUACCUCUAAUAAAUUAUUGUAUUUAUCCCAUACUCUAUACAAUUUUUUCCUAAUUAUAUGAUUUGUAAAUCCUUUAUGAACUUUCACCUUUUCAUACCAUAAAUAAGCGUGCCAGCCAAAAAUAUUGUCAUGACCUUCUGAGUCUACAAUAUGUGAAUUCUGUAAUGUCAUCCAUUCCUUCAACCAACAAAGACAGGAAGCCUCAUAAUAUAGUCUCAUAUCCACGUCUUGAUUUACUUCCCAUUUAGAUCUUCGGAUUCUUGAACUUUAUUCUCUGGGCAGGAAACAUUUGGUUUGUUUUCAAGGAGACUGGCUGGCAUUCUUCAGGCACGAGGCACCCUCAAGACACCAUGGAGAAGCAGUCUGGCAGCUUUAACCAAGGUGGCUACAAUCAAGAUAGCUACGGGCCAACUGGUGGCUAUAACCAACAGGGAAGCAGCUUUGGGCAGCAGACCAACUAUGGCCAAGUGGAUGAAUUUGGCCAGCAGCAACAGAGCAGCCCCACCUCCUUUGCUAAUCAAAUUUAG